AUGCGCGGCUCACCUAGUUCUGGCGCUAAGCCAGACAAAUCCAUGUCUUCGCGUCUGCUGACUAUGAAGUUCAUGCAACGCGCUGCUGCCACUAAUGCCGCUCGUGAAGCCUCCCAGCCUUCUACGGACGAUUCGAAGGUUUCUACGCCCCCUAAGAGGCAGCGACUCUCGACCGGCCCGACCGAUAGCCCUACACCUCAGUCGGAUCUCGACGCCAUCUCGGCAGCCCUGGCGGAGGAGGAAGAAAAGCGCAAGGAAGCACUUGCUCGUCAGGCUCAGGAUUCGGGUGAUACAGAAUGGGUGCUGGAUUAUGCGCCGGCUGCUUAUGCACCGCCGCCGUUUGUUGUUGCAGAUGGAUCGCUGGAUGCGGACGACGAUGAUGCCGGUGGUAGACAGGCUUAUGGGAACUUUAAACGGAAGAAGAGAACAGUGACUGGUGAAGAAGCCGAAGAUGAAGAUGACGCCUCGGUGAAGAAAGAAAAGCCACGAGUCAAAGUAUCACAGCUCACAAGUAUCUCGGGCGGACGACAUGGCACCGUUGGUGACGAUAAAAAACAGAAAAAGCGCAAACAUAAAUAA